GAGAGAGAGAGAGAGAGAGAGAGAGAGAGAGAAGAGAAAGAGAGAGAGAGAGAGAAAGAGAGAGAGAGAGUUCCCACUGCGUGAUCAACUCGUGCAGCACUACAACGUUGACUUGCGAGAAAACGCAAGGCUUUUCUUCCUGCUUAUGUUUGAGAAGGGGUCGUCACCACCAUCGGCCACAGCGACAGCCAUGCCCUCGGAUCAAUACUCUGCUGUGGCCAUGGAGACCGGCAACAACAUGGCCUCCAUGCCCAAGGCGGAGGUCAGCCCGCCACCGCCCGAAGGCCUGUUGGAGAAUGACAGCGGCGUGGAGAUGACCAGUGAGAACAGCCCGCUGGCAGGGGCCGAGCCACCGUCGCCCUUCAGCCCGAAACAGAACGCGGGUGCCUCGUCACCUCGAGACGAUAGCGUGAAUGUGGAAAGAGGGACCAGGAAGAGGUCCGAGGGCGAGCAUGGGACCUGGGACCCGUAUAGUAAAAGCAAGACUCAUCUGGCUUUGAGAGAGAGGCCGCUUGCCCGAACCAUCUUCCAGGCCGGUCUCAUGCCACACGCCAAACCUCGCAGACAGACACGAAAACAUGAGCUCAUGGCCACUAUGUGUGGCAGAGCUUCGCGAGCAUUCUCACCCAAGGAGGUCCCCGAGGUGCCGCGUCCCGACUUGUCGGAGAACGACUCCAAAGACUCGGCCCGAAGCAGUGGCACCAACGCGUCCGCUUGCGACGCUCACGUCGAAUAUAACGACAACAAGGGCUUCAACGUUGGUGAGCUAGUUUGGGGAAAGAUCAAAGGCUUCUCCUGGUGGCCCGGCAUGGUGGUGACCUGGCGCGCGACCGGCAAACGGCAAGCCAACCCCGGCAUGAGGUGGCUGCAGUGGUUCGGGGAUGGGAAGUUCUCCGAGGUCUCCGCCGACAAGCUGGAUUCCAUCACUGCCUUUGACAAGUUCUUCAAUCAGGCGUCUUACACCAAACUGGCGUCCUAUCGCAGGGCCAUCUUCCAAGCUCUGGAGAUGGCCAGUAUUCGGGCUGGCAAGAAAUUCCCCCCCUGUGAGUCCGACAAUCCCGACGAGCAAAUCAAGCCGUUAAUGGACUGGGCCCAGGAAGGCUUCCUGCCAAAAGGCCAAGAGGGGCUCAAACCCACACCGAGCGCUGAUAGUGCCGUGCUCGACAUACAGGUCCUGGACGUCUCACUGCCCGAGUAUCCGCCCAGUGCCAAGAAGCCCAAACUGAGCGUGUGCAAGAACAAGCCUGGGCCGGAGGAGUCGUACAGCAGAGAACAAAUGGUCAAUGAAGUCCUGAAUAAUAAACGAAGUAUCGAAGAGUUCUGUCUCUCGUGUGGCAAGAUGAGAGCAGCAACUUUCCACCCGCUCUUUGAAGGAGGCUUGUGCCAAACAUGCAAGGAUGUGUACUUGGAGACAUCCUACAUGUAUGACGACGACGGCUACCAGUCCUACUGCACCGUCUGCUGCGGCGGCCGAGAGGUUCUGCUGUGCGGCAAUGCCAACUGCUGCAGGUGUUUCUGUGUGGACUGUCUCGACAUCCUGGUACACCAUGGCGCAUCAAACAAUGCCCGCUUCCUGGACCCUUGGCGCUGCUACAUGUGCCAGCCGCUGCUAACGUACGGUGUCCUCAAGCGGCGCCACGACUGGAGCGUCAAGCUGCAGGAGUUCUUUGGCAACGACAAAGGACAAGAGUUUGAGACACCAAAGAUUUACCCGGCAGUCCCGGCAGAACAAAGGCGACCGAUCCGAGUCCUCUCGCUUUUUGACGGCAUCGCCACCGGUAAGUGCGGCGUUACAGAAGAGCCUCAUGAGCGAAGUGAUCACCUCGGUUGUGUAUUAAUGCUCGCAGGUUACCUGGUCUUGAGGGAUCUGGGCUUUAAGAUGGACCAGUAUGUGGCGUCUGAGGUGUGCGAGGAUUCCAUCUCUGUCGGCGUGGUCAGACACGAAGGGAAAAUCCAUUACGUCCAUGACGUCCGGAACAUCACCAGGAAAAACAUUCAGGAAUGGGGACCGUUUGAUCUGGUCAUCGGUGGAAGUCCGUGUAAUGACUUGUCUAUCGUCAACCCAGCCAGGAAGGGCCUCUUUGAAGGCACAGGGAGGUUGUUCUUUGAAUUUUACCGUCUGCUGAGCGAGGCCAAGCCCAAAGAAGGAGAGAACCGUCCAUUCUUCUGGAUGUUCGAGAAUGUGGUCGCCAUGGGCGUCAACGACAAGAGGGACAUCUCACGAUAUCUGGAGUGUAACCCCGUAAUGAUUGAUGCCAUUGAAGUGUCUGCAGCCCACCGGGCUCGAUAUUUUUGGGGGAACCUGCCGGGUAUGAACAGACCGCUGUGUGCUUCUGGGAUGGACAAGUUGGAGCUCCAGGACUGUCUGGAUCACGGACGAGUUGCAAAGUUCGGCAAAGUGCGCACCAUCACCACACGCUCCAACUCCAUCAAACAGGGGAAGGACCAACACUUCCCAGUCUUGAUGAAUGGAAAGGAGGACAUCUUAUGGUGCACUGAGCUGGAGAGGAUCUUCGGCUUCCCAGUCCACUACACAGACGUGUCCAACAUGGGUCGAGGUGCUCGGCAGAAACUCCUAGGCCGGUCCUGGAGCGUCCCCGUCAUCAGGCAUCUUUUCGCACCCCUCAAAGACUUCUUUGCCUGUGACUAACCAGCACAAAGAGCCCACCUGGCCCAUCUACUGUCAUCAUCAUGUUGAGGCCAGAACCAGCAAACAGUCAACUUUAUGUUACGAGGAAAUAGCUGCAAAGAAUGACCAACAAACAGAUACUAUCUCUCACAGCACAUAGACAGUGCCCUCACCAGCACAUAGUCAACACCCAUUACCAAGAUAUUUGGAUGCAACCUGUUACCAGCUAAUUAAAACCCAUCGGCAACAUAUCCAGGUCAUCGAUUUGACCUCAUUAGCAGGAAAUAGAAAGCACCUAACAUAAGCGUAAUAGUUUUUCAACGUCAUUUUUUUACUAGGUUGGCGUCACCCUUUAGUUUGGCCAGUAUCCCUUUGUUCACUUUUUAUAGUUGAUGCUGAGGAUAGUUUAGGUUUUUGUGAGAAGAGCUCGAGCAAGCAUUGGAAGAUAGAAACCUCAAGCAUAAGCCACUUUUUUUAAGUUAGCUGUUAGGAAAAGUUUAUCUUAAUGUGGCUGAGAGAUGGAUGUUUAAAAAAACAAAACAGGUUUUAUUGUGUUAUUAGCGUGUUACCCUGAAAGGCCUCCACAUUACAAUAUUUCAAAUAAGCCAAUGCAAACCUAAAGCAACAUUUGUGUGUUUUUAUGACCCAAAUGUUGCUUUUAUUUUAUUUUGUUUGCUGUAAUGUCAUGGCAAAAGCACUCAGUAUUCCGUGCCAACAAGCAUGAUGUUGUCCAUGCUGAAACGUUCAGUACUUGUUAUGUAUAAGUAUCAUAAGUGAAAGAUUUUUUUUGCUGUUACCAAAAGCAAAGAUAUAUUACCUCAAAAAAAAUCUCCCAAGUUUCUCUAGUUAUAAUCACUGGAAUGUGUUUUCAGAAUGAAAACACAAAAAAAAUGUUCGAUUCACCGUGUGUGUGUGUGUGUGUGUGUGUGUGUGUCGUUGUUCUAUCUUUAAGGGACCUAAACAACUGUUUACAUGAUUCACUCAUAAAAAUGUUCUAGUUGUAUGAUUCAACCUGCUCUUUUGGAUUUUCUUUUUGUAGAGCAAUAUUAAUCUAAAGAUAUAUCAUAGAAUUUCCAAUUCUUUCUUGUAACAAAAUUACAAAUACGUUUUUUUUAUUUCGCAUUUUCAGGACUUCAUAGUAAGCAUAAAACAAGUUAGCUUAUUUUUGAUACUACUUUUUUUUUGUACACAGUGACUCAUUUAAACUGUUAGUGGCAAAGCACUGUUUGUGUAGUUUUCUUAAGUCUUCUGUGGUUUGUUUUCAAUAAAAGGCAGCUCUAGCUGAAUCCAAACAGAA